AUGGAGCACGGAUUCAACAGCGGGGAAGUCGUCCGAUGUGGAAGGGGCGAGAGGAAAAGGAGACGGCGAUGCGGCGACACCGCUGGCUCCGCCAGAUCGGCAUUCUGCUCCGCUGCUUCGAGGCUGCCUCUGCCGUCCUCCUCCUCUCCUGGUCUUCCGACCGCGCUCCUGCUGCAGCUCGCCUCACCGCCGACUUUUUCCGCCGCCUCGCCGCCGUCCUCCUCAGUCCCCGAUUCGUCUUCCUCAUCGGCAACGCCAUCGUUCUCCUCCUCUUUUCCAAAUCCCACCAACGGUACUCUUCGCACUCCCUCUCCGCUUCCGCCGCCGAUAUCUACCAAGAGUUCCUCGAGAGCCGCGGUAGCGGCGGCCACCUACCCUGCUCCCAGGCGCCGUCGUCGUCGCCGCAUGAAGAAGCGAUCUACGAUGACAAGGAGGUUUGCAUCGAGACGGCGGCGUACCAAAGGAGCCGGUCUGAGAGAAUGAGGCGGCGACGGGGGGCGCGGCCUGGGCUCCGGCGGGCUGCGACGGAUUUAGGACUGGCGAAGGGGACGAAGUUAGUCCAGGAUCACGAAGACGAGAAGGCGGCGGAGGCAUCAGACGCGGAGGAGUUCCGGCGAGUU